UGUUCACAGAUGCACUUUUAAGACUACAUUCAAGUAGACAUAGACGAAAUGGCACAGAAGUUGUAUUUUGUUUAAUGCACAUAUUAUAGUGAAUUAACAGUCCGAAGGGAAUUAACACAUGCAAAUGAGCAUAAAUGAUGCAGUUCAAACCCGAGAGACAAAUAAAAAACACAUGUUCCUCUGGCCUGACCUAUUUGUCUCAUAACGGCUCGGGAACUUUUAUGAUGUGAAUGACAAACUUAUAAUAUUGUUUAUAUCUUAAAGUGAGAACAGUUCUACUCACUGUAUGCACAAAUAUGUUUCCAAGAGGAUGAAAUCCACACCAGCCUCAUAAAUCAACUACAAUCAUGGAAAAGUUGUUUUCAAGAGGAACAGAAGACGUUAAUUUUUGGCAACACCACUUAUUCCUCUUUCCUCUUCUGCGUUCUCUCCCUUUCUGGCUCUUCACACAUCUGGAAGGUACAACGGGCGACCGCGUCUCUCCAGCGCUGCUGAUUUCAUGAGUUUGGGCUGUUUUAGGAAGCUUUGACACGCUGGACUUUUGCUUUGACUUUGUUUGGAUACUUUCAGGGAACUGAGGUUUCUUUUGGUGCCCCGAGGUCCAGAUCUGGUUUGGUUCUGGCUGGAUCGGUAAACGGGAUCCAGAGUCGGGUUAAGGAGUUGUGUGGCCUGAGCGAGCGCACUGAGGCCCGGCAGUGAUGGAUCAGCGGCGCGGGCUGCUGGAGCUGAUGUGUUUGGUUCUGCUGGGCUGGACUCUUCUUCGAGCUCAGGCGGAACCAGACGGAGACCCGGACGACGCCCACAGAAGAGUGGAGAAUGUGGAGCAAAAGAUGUCCUGUCCGGAGAACUGCAGCUGCACCGAGGAGGGGGCGGUGGACUGUAGCGGAGCGAGUCUUAAUGAAUUCCCACGACACGAGUUACUAUCCGAACAGACACGCCAGCUCUCGCUGCAGAAUAACCAAAUCUCUGAGGUCACACUGGAGCAUCUGUCUCGACUUCAGCUCUUGGAGACACUAAACUUACAGAACAACCGGCUCACGACACAAGGCCUUGACGAUGAAGGUUUUCAUAUUCUGGAAAAGCUGAGUUAUUUAUACUUGGCAAAUAAUAAGCUCACCGCAGCUCCCAGACACCUCCCUCCCUCUUUGGUCAGCGCUGACUUCGCUGCAAACCAGCUCACUAAAAUCUACCCCAACACAUUUGGCCAGAAGCCCGCUCUGAAGUCAGUGUAUCUCCAUAACAACAAGCUAACGGAUGCCGGCCUGCCAGAGAAGAUGUUUAAUGGAUCAGACAACCUCGAAAUCCUCAUUAUGUCUAGUAAUUUUCUUCGUUAUGUCCCUAAAAGUCUGCCCACCGCCCUCUACCGCCUACAUCUGAAGAACAACAAGCUGGAGAAGAUUCCCGCAGGUGCUUUCGAUAAUUUGUCUCAUCUUCGAGAACUUUACCUGCAAAACAACUUCUUGAGUAACGAUGGCGUGGACAACGAGACCUUCAGUCACUUGAACAGUUUGGAAUAUCUGGAUUUGUCCAAUAACAACUUGACCACGGUUCCUCUCGGGCUGCCCCGCAACAUCGUCCUGCUUCACCUGGAGAAGAAUUACAUCCAGAGCAUCGCAGUCAACGCUCUGACGCCCAUCCGAAACUUGGAGUACCUGCUCCUCCACAACAACCACCUCCGCUCUCGCUCCAUCCAUCCGUCCGCCUUCCAGGGCCUCAAACGUCUCCACACCGUCCACAUGUACAACAACCUCCUCGAGCGAGUUCCCCGCGGCCUCCCUCGCCGCGCCAAAACCCUCAUGCUUCUCCACAACCACAUCGGCGAGAUCGGACGCAACGAUCUGAUCACGCUUUACACACUCACCGAGCUCAACCUCAGUUACAACCGCCUCACCAGUGCCAAGCUCCACCGAGAGGCCUUCAGGAAGCUCAGGAUACUGGAGACGCUGGAUCUGUCGGGAAACAAGCUCCAGGCGCUGCCGUUGGGGCUUCCCAAGAGCCUCCAGGUUCUCAAGGUCAAAGACAACCAGAUGACUGAGGUACCCGAAGGAGCUCUGCUGGGAAUGAGCUCGCUGAGGGAGCUCUACCUGGCCAACAACCAACUGAAGCUCAACUCCAUCUACCAGGGAGCGUGGCAGGAGCUGAGCGCACUCACGACGCUGGAUCUCUCCGCUAACAUGUUGUCUCACGUUCCUCCUGACCUUCCCGAGUCUCUUGAGUUCCUCCACCUGCAGAACAACAGGAUCAGCUCGGUGUCCGCCUCAGCCUUCCUCAACACACCCAACAUUAAAGGGAUCUUCCUCAGAUUUAACCGUCUCUCAGUUCAUUCGGUAUCCGAAGAGUCUUUUUCUCAGCUGUCCAAGCUUCAGGUGUUGGACAUUGGCCACGGUAACAUCUCUCCCAACCGAGACCGAGGAGGAGACGAGGAGGAAGAGGAGGAGGACUUACCGUAUGAUGAAGAGGAGGAGAAACAUUCAUGAGUCAGGAAGGAAUGGAAAACAGUAAAAUUCAUGCCCUGAACUUUCCCUCACUCAAAAAUAAAAUAAAAAUGACAACCAGUUUGAAAUUAUACAUGCAUUUUGGCUGCUGACAGAGUGCGAUUCAUUUCUAAAUGCAUUUACUGAUUAGAUGCGAGUGCAUGGGAAGAUAUAGACAUGAUAAGGCUUUAUUUUCAUUUGGCUUCAUGUUGUAAUCAGAUGCAUCAAGUGUCUCAUAUACAGUAUGUAAAUAUCUGGUGCAGGAUACCGGAAAGUUUUAGUGGUUGUCUUUUUUUGUUUGUUUGCCUAUUCAUGACUCAUUUGCUCACUGUGUUUACAUGUAUGAAACCAUUUUGUGCUAUAAAAUUAUAAUUUCUGUCUCCAGAGAAAAGAAUCAAAGAGUAUUUCCUUGACUGAAAAAGUGUA